AUGUACUUGCAGGAUCUGGAGUACCCGGACCAGGCCGAUGAAAAGCAGGACAGCCGCGAUGCCGAAGACAAAUCGGACAAGACGUUGCGGAAGGAGAAGAAGGAGAAGAAGGACAAGAAAAAGAAAGACAAGAAGGAAAAGAACAAGGACAAGAAGGAGCACAAGAAAGAGAAGAAGGAUAAGAAGCGAAAGAGAGAUGCCGGACUGGAUGCUGACCUUUUCGAUUGA